AUGGAGCUACCAAUCCCCAACAAGUUGAGGAAGCUGUGGGAUAUAUGGGAUCUUCGUGUAUGCAUCCAAAUAAGCCUCUUUCUACAGGUAUUUCUACUUCUCUUUGCUCCCUUCAGGCAGACAAGCAGACGCACAUUCGUUAUCACUUCAAUCUGGUCGGCUUAUCUGAUGGCCGAUUGGGUCGCUGCUGUUGCUAUCGGACUAAUCACCAAAUCCCAGACCGACCACUCCGUUGAUCCUCAUUCUGAAAACCAAGACAUUUUCGCGUUUUGGGCGUCUUUUCUUUUGAUACAUCUCGGUGGCCCUGAUAGCAUUACCUCUUUUUCGAUCGAGGAUAAUGAAUUAUGGCUCAGGCACUUGUUUAGUCUCAUUUUACAAGUUUUGGCUGUUGCUUAUAGCUUCUUUCUUACACUUCCCGAAAACAAACUACAAUUGCCAACUGCCCUCGUGUUCUUUCUGGGAAUUAUCAAGUUCUCUGAGAGAACAGCUGCUCUGUUUUUCGCGAGUUUGGACCGUUUUGGUUGGACUGUGUUGCCGGAACCAAACCCUGGUCCUGACUACAGAGAUGCUGUUGCAACUUACGCUUCAAUGGGGCUGAUGGAUCAAGUAGCAGCCGUAGAGCCGAUGGCUGCAAAAUUUGGGAAUACAGUAGUGAAAUCUAAAUUUUUAAUUGAUGAUGAAAAAGUAUUCUCAGACACUUGCGAUGAGAUCAAAUUCCUACAGGUAGCCUACUCAUUCUUCGAAACCUUCAAGGGACUUAUUGUGGGGUUCCUUCUCAGCUCCAAAGAUCGAGAAUCAAGCCGGAACACUUUCCUCAAUUUAAAACCUGCCCAAGCUUUUAAAUUAGUAGAGUACGAGCUGAACUUCAUGUACGAGCUUCUCCAUACCAAAGUUGUCAUGAUGCAUUGCAAGCUUGGGUGUGUCCUGAAGAUUACAAGUUUCUGUGUCCUAAUUGGUGCUUUGACUUCGUUUUCUUUUUGUUUGUUAAAUGAUCCCGAGUUUAGUAACAUUAAUAUCUAUUUUACUUACUCGUUGCUCGUAGUAGCAAUUUUCCUAGACAUUGUUUCUAGCUACAAUCUCAUUUUCUCUAAAUGGACACUCAUUUUCCUCAAAGAUGGGUGGAUAGAUCAUAUUCCCAAAAGAAUUUUGAAAUAUUUGAGUAAAGAAAGGUGGUCCUGGUCCAUUUCACAGUAUAAUAUUGUAAGAUAUUGUCUAGAUGAACGUCCCAAAUGGCUAUACAAAGCAUUUAGAUAUCUCCACCUUAAGGGAGUUCUUGAGACAAUGAAAAUCUUGAGGUAUUCUUCUUCGGAGACAGUCACAAAGGACUUCGAGACGUUUAUUUAUGAUGAGCUGAAAAUAAAAUCUAAGACAGCUAGCAGUUUAAGCGACGCCAUUGAAGUGUGUUCGCAAAGAGGCGAGUGGGCUUUAUUACGUUCUUCUUCUAGCUAUGUCAAACUAAAAUGGAGUAUCGGAGAGUUUCAAUAUGCAGAAAGUCUUCUCCUCUGGCACUUAGCAACUGAACUCUGUUACAGCACCAUUAAGGAAGGAGAUAGGAAUGAAAGACAAGUUUGCAAGCUUCUUUCGGAUUACAUGUUCUAUCUUCUGGUUGCGAAGCCUGCGAUGCUGGCACCAGUUCUUGGAAAUUGGCAAGUGGUUUUCCAAGACACAUGUGCAGAGGCUAUGAGAUUUUUCAAUGAAUUCUCAAUAUCAGAUCAGAGCCAAGCAUGUCAAGUGCUUAUUUCUGUAGAAACCAAGUUCAGAGCUACAACAGUGAAGGGAAAUCGAAGCAAAUCGGUACUGUUUGAUGCAUGUGUUCUGGCACAUCAGCUCCAAAAUCUGAAGGAAGAAAGGUGGAAUGUGAUGAAGCUGGUGUGGGCUGAGCUGUUUUGCUAUGCCGCCAUUAAUUGUAGGCCGAUUGUUCAUGCUCAGCAACCAAGCAGGGGUGGUGAGUUUCUGACAUUCACUUGGUUGCUGAUGAAUCAUUUCGGAUUGGGAACUCAGUUCUAUGAGCAAGAACAGCAAGCUGGGAAAAAGUCCAUGCUUUUCAUGUAA